UCAUUUAAAAAAAAUCAAAAACAAAUCAUUAAGUUGUGUAACCUUUAAAGUCAGUGAGAGUGCUGUAGAAUUGGCACUGAAAUAAGACUUUGACCUGUGCAUAAAGCAUUGAAAGCAAAUGUUUGACGGAUGUUUUUGAAACCAUAAUCUUUAGUACUACACAUGUGUCGGGCAGCUUUGAUGGUCUGACAUUCACACCUACACCGACAUGUUCCUGUAACGCAGCAGUGAAGCCUCUCCUCCUGCUUGCUUAUAGGUCAGAUAAUUGUCAUUCUUAUGUAGCGCGGCCCUGCCCAAGUUGUCUUUCCUCAUCAGUUACCAAAAGGAACAGAAGUCAGAAACCUCACCCUGCAUUCUAAUAGACCUGUUUGUGUAGAUACGGUCUCAAGAGGAAAAUGAGCGAUUAUUCAAACUAUGAAGACUCCAACUACACUGAUUAUCCAGACAUCUAUGUUGGUAUUGAGGAGCCGUGUUCAAACGAGCGCAGUGUCAACAUUGAGAACUUCCUCCAGUUGUUUAUUCACCCCAUCAUUUGUUUUGCUGGUUUCAUCGGCAACACCCUCGUGAUCGUAACGUAUGCCUUCUACAAGCGGACCAAGUCCAUGACUGACGUGUACCUGCUGAACGUGGCCAUCGCUGACAUCCUGUUUGUGGUGGCCCUGCCUUUGAUUAUCUACAGCGAGCAGUACGGGUGGACUAUGGGGAACUUGUCCUGCAAGCUGCUGCGUGGCAUCUACAGUGUGAACCUGUACAGCGGCAUACUGCUCCUGGCUUGCAUCAGUGGAGACCGAUACCUUGCCAUUGUGCAAGCCCGCCGCUCGUACCGGCUGCGUUCAAGCACUCUGCUUUACAGCCACCUGAUCUGUGCGUUGGUCUGGAUUAUGGCCUUGCUUCUCUCUCUUCCAACCUUUGUGUUUUAUGAGCGUUACCAACCUCACCUAAAUACAACCAGCACUGGAAACAGUACUGACAGCGACGACAUGCAGUAUGUGUGCUUCUUCUGGUUUCAGGAGGAAGAGACGGCACGUGCGAUAAAAACCGUGGUGCCCAGCUCUCAGGUGGUGAUGGGUUUCUUCUUGCCGCUGCUGAUCAUGGGAUUCUGUUACUCCAGCGUCAUCGCCACUCUCCUUCGGGCCAAGAACUUUCAGAGACACAAGGCAGUGCGUGUGGUCCUCACCGUGGUCUUUGUGUUUGUGCUCUGCCAUAUGCCUUACAAUAUAGCACUGUUGUAUUACACCAUCAACAUAUUUGAACAGCAGGAAUGCAGCCAUGACGAGGCCGUCUCAUUGACCAUGUCCAUCACGAGAAGCCUGGCGUACCUGCACUCUUGUCUCAACCCCCUGCUGUACGCCUUCAUUGGAGUGAAUUUCAGGAACCACUUCCGAAAGAUCCUACGGGACAUCUGGUGCUUGGGGAAGAACUACAUGUCAGCGAGACGGUCCUCACGCGUCACCACUGAAAUGUACCUUUCCACGCGGCGCUCUAUGGACGGCUCGACCAAUGACAAUGGCACGUCGUUUACCAUGUGAUUGGGUGCUGGAACGUUCCCUGCAAUGUAACUGAUAGACUGAUUAGCAUCAGUCAAAAAUGAUCAUCAUGUUGUUCCAAACCUGUAUGACUUUGUCUUUUGUGUUCACGUUUUGACUGGAACAACAUGAUGGUGAGUAAAUGAUGACAGCAUUUUUAUAAGGAAUGUAUUUUUACUUAUUUUGAGAAAUUCUACCAAUUACAAGCAAAAGAGGGAAAAGUGACAACCACAUACAAACCAUUUCCCACAUUGAUCUCAAUGUGGUCAUUCCUUCUUUGCAAUGUGUAAAAAUAGCAAAGUGUAAAAAGUCCUGUAUAUGAAUUUUUUUUUUUCAUUUGAAGUGCACUAUAUGUUGUACUAAUGCAGAAUAUUUUUAUUUUUCUAUUUGUACUGUACUAUUCAACUGUUGUACACAUUAUCUUUAACAAUGCCCAAUGUACCUGAGAUAUACACACCGUUUUAUCUAAAUAAAUUAGGCAAAGUA